AUGGCCGAAGAAGCAUCCGCCUCAGAUUUUGAGAUGUCCAUGAGGACUAUGCGUCUGGAGAAAGAGUAUGAGAAGACUCUUUCAGAUUCUGGUCGUCUCCUAGAUGGCGAGAAGGAUCGCGUACGACGCAUGGAGCUGUUGCUCUUGAAAUUCGAGAACGAAACUCUCCGGUCGCAGUUGGACGAAGCAAAUGCGCAUCUUUCGGGAUUCACAAGUGCUGAUUCAGAGGCAUGUGCUCAACUUCAGGAGGCUUGCCAGGAAAUCGAUCAUUUGGAACUUCAAGCACAGGCAUCCUCGAGUGAGAUUAACCGACUUAAAGAAGAACUGUCGGCCCAGAAGAAUAAUUCGACCAGUUACAAUACUGUCCUUGCAGAGAAACUUCGUCUCUCCAGAGAUCUUUCAACUCUGCAGUCAGAGCUGGAGCGGUUCAGAGCGCAAAAUGCAUCAUAUCAGGCCAUCAUUGCUGAGAAACAUGACAUGGAACGGCAGAUAAACUCUCUGGAGCUUCAACUCGGCGAUGAAAAACAUGCCCAUGAACGUACUCAAGCCAAGGGAUCACAGCAAAUGACAGAGAUCACCCAGCUUUCUGCUCGAAUUGAAGAGUUACGGAGUGAGCUAGCGGGAGAGUUACGAGCCAAACAGCAGCAGGAACGGGACAACCACAAUCAGAACUCAGCAUGGGCUAAUCAGCGGGCGACGUUUGAAGGAAAGAUUGAUUCGCUCAAACAGCAAUUACGGUCAACCAAGGACAAGCUCCAGGAAGCCCAGAUUGAAAUUCAGCAGGGGCGCAGCCUCAAAUCACAGGCAGUAAAUAACUCCGAAUCCAGUUCUCGAACAGUCCCGCUUCAGCGCCCUGGCCCGAGUGGCCAUGCCGGCGUGACGAUUGCGACCCCUGGGGCUGUGCGUGUACAAGAGAAAUUGAAGAAGGAUUCGGCCAUGCCUGGUGAUAAGUCGGCGUUUUCCAUCACUCCAUUCUUGAACCGCACAGGGGCACCUUCCGAUUCGCCAAUGAGCUCAGUUGCAGACGAGGACGAUAUUCUUGGAGAUGUCGACACUCCUCAUGGUCUACUCGGCAAGCCGAGCACCUUUGGCGAACCAAAGCGUAUCGGUUCUGCUCUCCGGCGCCAACUAUCUCCAACAGAAGACCGCAUUCCAAUCACAAAAUUCACCAAACCAAAAGCACGUGAUAACACAAUGCCAGUAUCACCGCCGGAAAAUGAGGUCAAGAAACCAAUGCAUCGGUUCGAUCGCAGAGUGCCACCCACUGAGACCGAUGAAUUACAUGAGCAGUUUGAGCAUGAACAGGCCAAGCCGAAAAAACGCAAACUUGGUGGUCAGCGGGAUCGAAGUUUGUUCGAGGAUGAGGAGGAAGAAGAGCUUCUGCCCAACAAGAAAUUUGGGAGAAAACUUGCAAUAGGAAAUGGACGAACUUCAACGCUGGGGACAAGACAUGCAUCAUCCAAACGCUGGCAAGCCCGGCAGCAAAAGGAUCAGUUCACUAGAGAGGCAGCUGUCCAAGGGCUGAAAAGUCGCGCUGCUUUCAAAUUGCUGCAGAUUGAUGAGAAAUAUCGAAUCUUCAAGGGCGGGCAGACAGUUGUUGACUUGGGUUAUGCUCCAGGGUCAUGGUCACAGGUUGCUGCAAGCCGUACCCAGCCGCAUGGUCGUGUCCUCGGUGUCGAUAUCAUCCCAGCCCAACCACCAAAAGGAGUGUCUACAAUCCAAGGGAAUUUCCUCGCACCCGAGAUUCAAACGUACAUCCGAGACUUUCUCCGCAAUCCAGAUAGAGGCAGGCCGCGCCAGUCCGGCUUUCUGGACGAUUCCAGUGUCAGUCCAUUGGAGCCGAAUUCGGAUACUGAACGCACCACGGAGACCGAGAAGAGGGAUAUGAGGGGCGAUAAAAUACUUGAAAGAACGGUAGAUGUGGUUCUUAGCGAUAUGUCUGCUCCCUGGUUCCAGACCUCCGGUUUCUGGAAACGAAGUCUAAGUGCUCCUUAUAACAGGAUGAUGAACACCAGCGGUGUCAGUUUCAGAGAUCACGCUGGAAGCAUGGAUCUCUGCCACGCGGCUCUACGAUUCAGUUCGGAUGUUUUGAAGGCAGGCGGUCAUUUUGUCUGCAAAUUCUACCAAGGCGCCGAAGACAAAGAACUGGAGCAGCAGCUGAAAGAAUUAUUCAAAAGGGUUCAUCGCCUAAAACCCGAAUCAUCUCGCAGUGAAUCCAAGGAGGCCUUUUUCGUUGGCUUGGAGAGAAAAUCGUGA